AACAUGUGCGCCGCUGUCGUUGUGCGGUGUGCUGUAUUUUGUUUGCCUAAAACUUUUCGGCAAGUUGCUAUUUAGUUAACAGUUAUCCAAAUAACUCAUGCAAGUUUUGCAUGAAAUGUGUAGAAAUGUCCUAUCCUAAUUUAACUGUUGCCCUCAAAGCUUUGGGCCUUCACGCCACAACAACAGAGCUAGCGGAAGCAUGUCAACAUGUUGGGAAAUGUCUUGCAGAUCAAUCUAUGGGACUUCAAGGAGCUGUACAAGUUCUCUCUGAACACAUAUUAAAUUUUGAUGAUGCAAAACUAUUCAAAAAAUACCUUUCAAACAUACUUUUGGCUGUGGUUUCAUCCAAAGUGCCACUGAAACCCGUUUUCUCUAAGCCCGAGUUUCAAAGUUGCUGUGAUUCGGAGAAAUGGAACCACUUGGAAUACUCUGUGGUCCUGGCUAUCCUUUGUGAUCAUCCCGAUGUUAUGCAAUAUGCACUGAAGUAUUUUGAAAUCAACCCUAUACCACCAUAUGAAGUGUUUAUUGACCACAAUGAGGCAUACAAGGUGGCACCGAAGAAACGAAGGCUGCAAGACAGUCGACAGAAGAUCACGGACCAACACAUAGUCACAUGUUGCUACACAUUGCUGUCCAAACUUCCUAAUGAAUUGUCCAUGAAAUGGGACUGGACCAAUUUCGUCACUGGAUUUGGAAGCCAUAGUGAUCCUAAUAUAAGAUGGAUGGUCAAGGAGUGUAUGGUGAUCUUGACAAACAUGACAGAAGUGGAAUCUUCCUUCCUGGCCAAGAACAUGAACUUGACACCCAGACAUACUUUAGAAAUCCUGAAUAAAUCUAGCAAGGACUCAGUUUUCACAGUUGAUGAGAGUAUAUCAGAUGCAAACUUUGGAGGAGAUAGUGUUAUUAAUAUUGAUGGUAUUUUGCUGCCAAUCUUUGACAAAUGUAAUGUCCAAAGUGGGAACCUAGUGCCAGUAAAAUCGUGUGUCAAUAACCUUCGUAGUCUGGCCUUGGCUGUGGCGUCAGGUCAAGCGUUAUCCCUGAUGGGCCCAGUGGGAUCGGGCAAGACGUCGCUAGUGGAACACCUGGCAGCCAUCACGGGUCGCAAGGGAUCUGCAUUCAAGAAGGUGCAACUAGGAGACCAGACGGACUCGCGCAUGCUGCUCGGCUCGCACCAGUGCACCGACAUCCCGGGCGAGUUCGUGUGGAGGCCCGGCGUGCUCACUGAGGCUGUACAAAACGGACACUGGCUGCUACUAGAAGACAUUGACUGCGCCGCUUUGGAUGUCGCAUCCACCCUCAGCUCCUUAUUGGAGAGAAAUACGCUCUCUGUACCUGGUUACAGAGACUCUUUGCCCGUCACGCCUGGGUUCCAGCUGUUUGUGACACAAAGAACCCUAGUUACAAACUAUGGCUUCCAAAAGAAAAUGUCUAGCUCAAGCACAUUGCUCCAAAAACAUUUGACCCAAAUCAAUGUAGAACCUCUAUCACGAUCCGAACUGUCAGAAAUCAUACAAACAUUGUACCCGGCUUUGACUACCAUUAUCCCGAGAAUGAUCGAAGUAUUCAUGAUGUUCUCAGUGGGUAGCCAUGACACGUCAUUGCAGACGACUGAAACCCUUAGUUCCGAUAAGGAAACUACAAAUGUAAGCAUCAUGAGAGGCUCUAGACUGAUUUCUACACGAGAUCUCUUGAAGUGGUGCUCUCGAGCUGUGGUAGGAUUUGACGUCACAAGUCCUGAAGCGGCACUGAAAGUACUACAAGAUGCCCUUGACAUAUUCACGUGCUCCGUAGCCUCGCCUGAACACAGACUGGAGUUGGCGAAGAAAGUCGGUCUGUGCUUAGGCAUCGUUGAGACUAAAUCUGAAUUCUAUUGCAAGCACUACAAGCCGAAUGUUGCUCUUAACGCGUCGGCUUUAGAAGUCGGACGCGCCAAAGUUACACGCAAAGAGAAGAGCUUGGAAUCCGUAGAUUUUGACAACAAGCAAGUAGUGUUUUCUUUCACCCGUCAGUCUGCGUGCUUGCUUGAACGAAUAGCGUGCUGCGUCACGUCGAAUGAACCGGUACUAUUGGUCGGUGAAACCGGAACCGGAAAGACGUCAUCUGUGCAAUACCUAGCUAGACAAACGGGCCAUAAACUUGUCGUCAUAAACAUGAACCAGCAAUCGGACUCUGCCGACCUCCUCGGAGGGUAUAAGCCCGUCGAUCUCAAGUACGUCAUCAAACCGCUUAGAUACGAAUUCGAGGAAAUGUUCAAAAACUUCUACAAUGUGGAGAAGAAUAAAAAGUUUCUGAAUCACAUUCACACUUGCUACGAGAGUGAGAGUUGGCCCGCUCUGCUCACGCUCAUGAAGCAAAGCCAUAAAGCAGCCGUAAGUAGACUGAAGAACGAAAAGAACGAUAAAAAGUUACAGACGUGGUUAUCAUUUGGAAUGAAGCUGACAAAGCUCGAGCAGCAAAUAAAAGCAGCUUACAGACUGACGUUUGCGUUCAUAGAAGGUUCUCUAGUCAAAGCCAUGCAGGAAGGCCAUUGGGUGUUGCUAGACGAAAUCAACUUGGCCUCAGCAGAAAUCUUAGAAUGCCUGGCCGGUUUGCUAGAAGACAAAGAUGAAACGGUAGACCUGUUAGAAAAGGGUGACAAAGUCCCUAUAAAAAGACAUCCAGAUUUCACCCUCUUUGCUUGUAUGAAUCCAGCGACGGACGUUGGGAAGAAAGACUUGCCUGUAGGCUUGAGGAAUAGGUUCACCGAGUUCUUCAUCGAUGAAUUGACCGAGAGGAAUGACUUAAUGUUGCUGAUCGGUGAUUAUUUGUACCACAUGAACCUUAGUGGAGCUGUUUUAGAGGCUAUAUUCUUAUUCUACUCAACAAUCAGGAAAGAAGCGAAGCUGAAUCUUGUUGACGGUGCAGGUAAUGCUCCCCACUAUUCGCUUCGAACCCUGUGCAGGGCCCUCACUGCUGCGGCUAAAGCCAAAUGUGGUACGGUAGCCAGGUCGCUAUUUGAGGCCUUCUGUCUUUCAUUUCUGACGCAACUGGACAGCUCUUCGCAUCCCAAAGUCGAAGCCAUGAUCGCCAAGGCUGUUAUUGGAAAGAAAAACAUCAAGUCGGUUAUAAACCAAGUAAUACCCGAACCUCAGAUUCGCGGUCAAAACUUCCUUCUAUUUGAAGGUCAUUGGAUACCGCAAGGGAAACUCGAAAUAGCGAUUCCAGAAGGAUACAUUCUAACACCGACAGUCAGGAAGAAUCUUCGUGAUAUCGCGCGUAUUAUCUCUUUGGGUCGUCUUCCCGUGUUGCUACAAGGAGACACGUCUGUGGGAAAAACAUCCCUCAUUACAUAUAUCGCCAAAGCAUCCGGAAAUUACUGUGUUCGGAUAAAUAACCACGAACAUACCGACUUACAAGAGUAUAUAGGCUCAUACGCUACUGACGCCAGUGGCAAGCUAGUGUUCAAAGAAGGCGUGUUAGUGGAAGCUAUGAGGAAAGGAUACUGGAUCAUCCUGGACGAGUUGAACUUAGCUCCAAGUGACGUUUUAGAAGCUCUAAACAGGGUCCUAGAUGACAACCGGGAACUAUACAUUCCAGAGACACAAGAAGUCAUCAAAGCUGAUCCUAAUUUUAUGCUUUUCGCGACACAAAAUCCACCAGGUCUAUACGGGGGUCGUAAAAUGUUGUCAAGGGCUUUCAGGAACCGAUUUGUGGAAUUACAUUUCGAUGAGAUACCAAGAAAUGAGUUGGAAACGAUUUUGCACCAAAGGUGUCACAUUCCGCCUGCGUAUAGCAAAAAGAUGAUAGCUGUAAUGGCGGACCUGCAAGUGCGGAGGAGAGGAUCAGCCGCCGUCCAAGGCAAAGACGGCUUCAUCACUCUAAGAGACUUGUUCAGAUGGGGCCAAAGAUACAAAUUAGCCUCCAAAGACAAGCUGACAGAAGACAAAUUCUACGAUUGGGACCAGCACAUAGCUGAUGAAGGGUACUUGGUCCUUGCCGGUAAAGUUCGACAACCAGAUGAAAGGAGUAUCAUUGAGGAAGUUAUAGAAAAGCAUAUAAAGAGGAUAGUUGGUCCGGAUAACCUGUUCAGCCUUCAUGCGACGACGUCACCAGUCACGAAACCAUAUCUGGAGCUACUUCUAAAUAACCAGCUAGAGGAGUUCUCCCAUGUCGUAUGGACUUACAAUAUGAGACGGCUGGCAGUGCUAAUAGCCAAAUCAUUCACGUUUAACGAGCCGGUGUUGCUCGUGGGAGAGACUGGCUGUGGAAAGACGACAAUCUGCCAAGUCCUGGCCACGUUGAGGAAGAGCCAACUGCUGACUGUGAACUGCCACAUGCACACGGAAAGUUCCGACUUCCUCGGGGGUCUGAGACCAGUGCGGCAGUACAAGAAUGAUGGACGAAUGUUUGAGUGGGUCGACGGGCCCUUGGUGAAAGCUAUGGAAAACGGAGACAUGUUUUUAGCUGAUGAAAUAUCGCUGGCUGACGACAGCGUUUUAGAAAGAAUGAACUCUCUGUUAGAACCGGAGAGGCAGCUAGUAUUAGCCGAACGAGGAAUGGAGGAAAGUUCAGACAUCGUAGUCAUUACCGCCGCCGAUAACUUCCAUUUCAUAGGAACCAUGAAUCCCGGUGGAGACUAUGGAAAGAAAGAACUGUCACCAGCCCUCAGAAACAGAUUUACAGAAAUAUGGUGCGACAGCGUCUCGAGCAGGGAAGACUUACUGGCGGUCCUUGAGAAGAGUGUAAACCAAGGCAUAUCAUUAGGAAAUCAAGAGGAUGGAAGUUCCGGUAUCGGCACCUGCAUUCUAGAUUUUGCCAACUGGCUGAAGAACUCGGAAGUGACUAACAAAUUCCCGUUCAGUAUACGAGAUCUUCUUUCAUGGGUCCAUUUCAUAAACAGCACUGUCAGUAAAGGACAAUUGGACACCCCUGAAGCGUAUGUGCACGGCGCUUGUAUGACUUUCUUGGACUGUUUUGGCACAGCCCUAACCGGGCACAUAGAGACUGAAACUUUGUUCUUGCUGCGAAAAAAUGCCAUCAAACUCCUUCUGGACCAGAUAAAGACCGUAGGCAACGAGUACACAGAAAGUUUAAGAGAAUCAUUGAGCAGCAAGAAAAGUAACUUUGUAGCAGAGACACAGGAUAAUAAGUUCGGUAUCAAGCCAUUCUACAUUGAAUGUGGACCUCAUGUGGGUAGUUAUAAAGAUGAGCAGAGCUUCACGUUUACCGCGCCGACGACUGGUUCCAACACGUUGCGGUUGCUGCGUGGCCUGCAGUUGAACAAGGCCAUCCUGCUAGAAGGCAACCCUGGAGUCGGCAAGACUAGUCUUGUCACGGCGCUGGCUAAGGCGUCCGGACAUAAAGUUGUCCGCAUCAAUUUGAGUGACCAAACCGAUAUAACAGAUCUAUUCGGCACAGACUUGCCAACUGAAGAUGGCUCGUUUACCUUCAAAGAAGGAGCAUUUUUGAGCGCACUGCAAAAUGGUGACUGGAUAUUACUGGACGAGCUCAACUUAGCCCCUCAACCAGUUUUAGAAGGUCUGAACGCCUGUUUGGACCACAGAGGGGAAGUGUUUAUUCCAGAGCUCGGGAAAACUUUUAAAGUUAAACAACAGACUCGUCUGUUCGCUUGCCAGAAUCCGUUGAAACAAGGCGGGGCUAGGCGAGGAUUGCCCGUCUCCUUCCUGAAUAGAUUCACACAGGUCUAUAUCGACACAUUGACAGAAGAAGACUUAAUCUUCAUUGUUGAGUCUCAAUACCCGGAUUUAUCCAAGGAUGUCCUCCACAGAAUAGUUAAAUUCAACUGCAAAGUGGCCCAUGAAGUGUCUGUGUUGCAAUCUUGGGGCCACCGCGGCGGACCCUGGGAAAUGAACCUGAGAGACAUACAAAGAUGGUGCGAAGCGUUACUUAUGGACGUAUACACCGGCUUAGACGAAUGUCCUGGAAAGUUCGUUGAAAUGCUGUACAUAAACAGAAUGAGGACCGUCGAAGACAAACAAAAGAUGACGGAAAUUUAUGACGAGUUUUUCAAUCCCGAAUAUCCAAGAAGCGAUUCUUCGCCUCAAUUUAACGUGGAAGAAGAUGGCAUAUCCAUUGGAGGCGUGUUUAUCAAAAGGAAUAUUAAGAAAGGGUUUAAGAACAGACGAGCAAUGGAAACCAACAUGGUGAUCCUGAGAAACCAAAUGCCAGUCCUCAAAGCAUUGGCCCAAAGUGUGAACAUGAACUGGUUAUCCAUCCUGGUGGGUCCAACAGCCACUGGAAAGAGCAGCGUGGUACAAGUGCUGGCUGAUCUUACGGGCAACGACCUACAAGUGGUUCCUGUGACGUCAGCCAUGGACGUCUCUGAUCUACUGGGAGGGUUCGAGCAAAUAGACUACAACAGGACCCUAGAAAAUAUAUUCGAUAAAAUCGAAACUUUAACCAUCGAGACAGUCCGAGUCACGUGGAUAACACAAGAGAGCGCCAAAUGGGGCUCCAAUAAACUACUCAGCCACCUGUAUCAAUACAAAUCAUUGCAGUCCAGCUUUACAAACAACAGCUACACGAGCGACGAAAUACAAAAGUUCAACGACAAAAUCGACCUACUUUCAAAACACUGCGAUAAACUACUCGAAUGCAAGACCAGUAGCGAUACACACAGCAGAAUACAAGAAAUAGCUGCUAGCUUAUCUGCAUUAAAAUCGAAAGUGGCCAAAACUUCGUCGGUCAAUGCUGGCGGGAAAUUCGAAUGGAUUGAUGCUCUUCUCGUAAAAACAAUGAUGGAAGGGUCUUGGCUGCUUCUUGACAAUGUCAAUCUGACCUCAGCCGCUGUAUUAGAUAGACUCAACGGCUUAUUGGAACCGAAUGGUGUUCUAAGCAUUCCCGAAAGAGGAGAAAAGAGUGAACUAACUCCGCAUCCUAAUUUCCGUGUUUUCUUCACAAUGGACCCCAAACAUGGAGAAAUCUCCAGAGCAAUGAGAAACAGAGGCAUAGAGAUAUUCAUACUAAGACCCGAGGAUUACGAGACGAGGCUUUCGGAGACGGUUUCGUUUAUGGACCUGGAUGCUUUGCUGGCGUCGUGUGGUUUGCCGAAGCAGUACCACGCUCUGAGCGUUGAAUGUCACGAGCUAAUGGCUUCAUUUGUACGAGGACUUGAGAGGCCCACAAUCUCGCACUUAUUGCAAGCGGCCCAUCUGACCUGGCAACAGAUCGUUCGGGGCAUCCCCUACACUACUGCGUUUACAAACAGCUUCUCAGAUGUUUACAUCAAACCGAGGUGUGGCGGGGACUUUUCGGCCUCCGUCACCGCAGCACUGGCUGAAAUGAAAAACUCCAUGCUCACCGCCUUGCUAAAGCUAUUAGAAGAAAAAACUAUCGACGUUCUAGAUUCAAACGAAACAAACCACACGUUGACUGUAAAAGGCCUAUGUGCGGACUCUUCGUAUGAAGUUGCCAAGCAAGAUUCGUAUCUAGCAGUCCAGCAAUGCAGUGAUAGUAAUGUCGACUUUGGUCUGCAUGUUUUAACAUCUUUAUUCGCUGCAUAUCAAAAGUGCCGGCACGAAAGACUUGACAUCCUACACAGUUUGAUCAAAGAACAGGUGGGCACUACGUCCAAUGAGAAGUUAAAGGCGUUAUGCCUGCAACUAAAUGAACUAAUCUUCAAUAAUCUAAAGAAAUUCGGAGGUGACCCUGAAACUUUCCAACGAUUUUUCCCAGAGGCGUAUGACACGACAGCAGAUUUACAGACAUCGAAUGUGAAAUCUGCAUUAGUGUACACUGAGUUGUGGAAAGUGUUUAUAAAGAGUCAAAUACCGGAAGGAAACUUCUCUACAUUCGAUUAUGCUAAAGCAGUAGCCUCCGGUGAUUUGACAGAUGAUUUCGUCGAGUACCCCAUCCUCAAACAUUCACUGCUGUACUUACAAACCGUAGACCAACUCAUCGAAAACGGUAUAAAGGCAGCCGAAGAAAACCUUGACGAUGAAAACGUAUGCAAACUAUUCCAACUUCUAAACUGGCGGUAUAGAUUCGUGAAAAUUUGCUCCGUGCCCAUAUUUACUAAAGCCAAAAAUAAGAAAACGCCAAUUCUGAAGGAGGAAAUUGUGCCAUUGCUGUAUAUCCAUAGCAAAUGGCUACAGAGUCAUUUACUAGAACAGCUUGUGAAGCUAAGAGAAGAAGGGCGGUCGUCUACAUUAUUCGACAACUUCAACAGAACAUUGAAAGACCAAAUGCUACAAGACCAAGACCACUCGAUACUAACAAAGCUUUGCAAGAAACUGAAAAAGUUGUACGGACAACCUAAACUGUACGAAAAUGCAAGCGAAUAUGAGCGCUGUGUAGAACGAGCCAACGUCUACAAUGCAGCCACACUAGACUUGAGUCAACCAAUCGAAAGACAACUACAAAAACUGGCCAUCGAAAGUUCUGGAAUAUGUGAUUUGCGUUUUGCUGUAGAUGUGCCUGAAAUUGAAGCCCUGGAAUAUAUGAAGGAAUAUAUAGCUAAAACUCUAGAAAGCAAACGGGAAGAUACCGUAGGUUUGGAACAUAGACUGAUGCCAAUCAACGCUUACGUAAUCCAAAGGGUGCUAACUCUAUUGCAAACUCAUUUGUUCCUGGUCACGUCAAAACUAAAUGUGGCUGACAAAUUGAAUGAAAAGUUUUGGAACACGGGAUCCCCGUUGGAUAUUGAAGUCAAGGAGCUUCUUAUAAAUCUUGUGGACUUGGCCAAAGUGACUAAAGGAUUCCCUCCCCAGUUUUUGACCUUUUUACAAAUGGUUCUCAAGUUGCAAGAUGGGGAAUUGACAGAGAAUUAUCAUCGCCUAUCGAGCCUUCUAUACACAUUCUGGGACGAGUUCUACUCCCAAUCCCUCGCGUCACCAGCCCAGCAUCCCCUGGUCUUCCUCACCCUGACCAACGAGCCCAAGGCAGAGGACAGCCUCGAGAUUCCUCUCAACACCAAGAGGAUGUCGACUAACCUGCCGCUCCUACCUUAUUAUGUGCAGAAGCUGACUGUUUCUGGGGAGUAUGAGGGUGUCCGCCCCACUCUCGCGUAUGAGACAGUGUCUCUGCAAGACCGCGCGUCUUACUCCGUUCAACUGGGGACGGUUCUCAACAUCGUGUGGAAAAACAUCGCUCUACUAGACACGGCUGCCGGUUAUAAGCUAAAAUCGGACGCACUCUUCGAAAUGCAAAAGCACGAACAGCUCCUCGUGUACACGCACUCGCUCGUGGCGCCAUCUAGCGGCGCGACCACCUUCGCAGAUAUACUCCAGGAAAACAUAACACUCGGUAUGACUUACUUCGAGAAACAAGACAGUAGCUUCUACGACAUGUUCGUCGAAGCUAACAAUGCUUACUACACCCUCAAAACUAGUGUGGUAUCUGAAAUAAACAACCCGAAAGAAAAGGUGAUUAUCAAGAUAAUGACAGCGAUUUUGGCUUUGCAUACAAGCACACUGACGGCGCGGGUCAUGUCCGAAGUGUCGCCCGUAGACCACGUCGAGAAGUACAAGCUGAAGAUUCAAUACAUAGAGGAGGAUGUCAAGAUAUUUGAGGCGUUGCUGAGCGCUUACUACAUGUCUGGACUCAUAUCAGGUAGCUUGGCUAGCAGUGAAGCGAUAGAGAAGGCAUCUGAUGUGUCUUCAGAGAACUAUAGACAGGGAAAUCCCAACAGACAGCUGUUAAAGAAAGUUCAUCCGUAUUGCGCCAUUAUCAUGAAUUUGAAGGACAAAACCGCUGAUAAAGUACAGAAGUACGCGUCAGGAAACACUUUCAGGCCUGCAGAGCCAUCUUACGGCAGUUUCGUGAAAGAUUGCAAGCAUUUCAGCAAGUCGGUUUUGGCCCCAGCAACACUAAAAGAUCUCUCGAAGAAUCUACAUGAAGCCGUGGUAACUUUCGACCAAGUACUCCGGUCGAACCGCGAACUGACCAAAGCAAAUGUGAAACAAGCCCAGACUGUGGUGAAGGAAACUGCGUCGUGGCUGUAUUCUGUCAAUUCCUUCUACAAGAAGAUCAAAAAGACUUACUCGGAAGCGUUCCCGGAUUUAGCGAAACCUUUGCAGAGUUCACUGUCCCAAAUAGCGAGUAGCUUUACCAACAUGAAUGACUUAGUAAAAGAGUUGCUAGUGAAGGUGGAACAGGGUACAGAGUUGAACAAAGCUGUAGUGGAUUUGAUGACGUAUCCGAAUGUUAUUCCUCAAGUGCGCGAGAAGCAUCUUCGUAGAUUCAUGGCGCCUGGUUUUGUGCAACUGUUGAACAGAAAUGUGCUGGCAGCCAACAAUGACGAUGCCUUCACUGCUGAACUUGAGAGUUUGGAAGUACUAAAGAUGAACCUAACAGAGUUAAAAAUGUCGUGCUACGCGUCUGAGCGUGUGGACGACACCAGUCUGCAAGUCAUGAUGGAGACGCUCGGAGCCGUCGUCGGGUGCUGGGAGAAGCAACAGCGGGAUAUCGAGAAGAAGAAGGCGGAUGAUGAAGCGUUAUAUGUUACUAAGUCAAAAUGUGAAGACGAAGAUGACGAGGAAGUAGCGAAAGAGGAGAUCAUGGAAAUGUUUCCCUCCUACUCCGACCACGACUUUGCCGACUUCAAGCCGAACACUCUAGAACAAAAGAAAGUCACGGCCGACCCGCAAGAGAACAAGAACAAAUUGAGACACCUCAUCACACCAGAAGACGUCUCUUUAGUAUACAACUGGCAUUCGAACUUUGUUCGCAACAUGACGUCAUCAGAAUGGCUACCCGCCCCGAAAAAGUUGACCGGUUUUGACCCGAUCAGUGCGCUGAUGCAACGGUAUCCCACAUUUAGCCGGAUUAUGCAGAACGGUUGGGAAGCGCUAGACGCUGACAUGGAAGGAGCUAUUACUCCAACUUUGAUGGUGCUUAUAUCGCAGAUCAAAGCCAAAGUUGAUGGAGAUGAAGCUUCAGGUCAAAAGGUGGACUUCUACAAGUCGGCGUGGGUGUCUGAAACCAAGCAGUGUGUUCCAUUGCUGCAGAGAGUGAAGGAUAGCACCAACGAGCUACUGGACCAAUGGCCCGACUUCCCUACAUUGAAAGACAUAAUAGUGAUAGCAAACAGGAUACUAAGCUUCCCGGUCACAAGCCCCAUAUCCCGCUAUCUCACGGGCCUCGAGCUGCUUCGAGACAAGAUCGAGGAGUGGAACAAAAACGCACACAAGGGGAAUAACCUCAUUGAGAUAUCACUAGCUGUCGGACAGCAGAUUAUCAACUGGAGGAAGCUCGAGAUGUCACACUGGAAAGAGUGUCUGAACAACUUGUAUCAGAGAAAGCAGUCAGAAGCGCACAAGUACUGGUUCUUCCUCUACUCAGUCAUCGACCUAUACCUGGACCCUUCAGCCGAGCCCGUGCCUCCAUCCAGGGUCACUGGGGUGCUUCGGGACUUCAUGGAGAAGUCCAACGUGGCGGAGUUCGAGGUGCGGUGCGAGAUACUGUACGUGUAUCAUUGCCAUGUGCUGCAUCUGCCGAGCGCGCCGAGACGAGACGAGCUCCUCUCAAUCCUAUGGAACAUGCACAACUACUACACCCAGUUCAGUUCAGCCGUGGCGUCCUACAUCAAGGAGAAACGGGCCCCUAUCGAGAAGAAACUGAAAGACUUCGUCAAGAUCUGUACCUGGGACCGCGACCUGAGCUACUGGAGUGUUAAAGAUACAGUCGACAAGGCGCACAAAGCACUUCAUAAACAUACUAAGGAGUUUGAGAAAGUCCUCAAAGAGCCGGUGUCCCAAUGCCUGGUGGACUCCAGCUCCGAAGUGACAGACCACGUGGGCAUCUGGGACCGGCCGAAGCGAGCGGCCACCGGCGCCGCUCAGGCCGGCGGGGCGUAUAUGUUGGAUGCAACUAUGUAUAUAGCACCGCCCAGGACUAUUAAGAAAUACCUCGACCAAUCAGAGCAAGCAUGCUCUAUUAUCACCGACGACAGUCUGUUAUCCAAAGUACCGAGUCUCCUGAACAAGGCGAAGGCUCUCUGCAAGGACUCGAUGGCCAACACCGGCUACCCAACGUUGGUCCAAGCGUUGGAUGACUUUGUUACUACGGUCAUUGAGACGAGCACGCAUUUGGGGACGUUGGACGUGGAAGCGUCAGCCCCCAAAGAGAAGCAAACAUCUCAAGCCAAGAACAUUCUGCAACAGAAGCGCAAAGCCCUAGCCGACCUGUUCCGGUAUCUGACGAAAAUGGGCCUUAAUUACCGCACCGGACUGUUCAUAUUGCAAGCAGCGGAGCAUGACCUCUACGACUUUACUAUAGCUCCGGUGGAUCUCACUGCCGCCAUGUCGUAUUUGAAGAAUAGGCGUUGCGACGCAUCCCUCUCGCAACUGUGGUCCGGCUGCGAGAGCUACUUCCAGAAGAACAUCGUGAGGCACAAGCAGCUGUCUGCGGCGCUGCUGCAGCCGCACCAGGACUUGGGGCUGCAGAACAUUGAGAGGUGCAAGGGAUUCGCGGCCCAACUGUUGAAAAUAACCAACACACAAAAGAAGUCGAUAUCAAAGUACUCGAGACACUUGUGCGACCUUCGCAACCUGGCCUCCAGCAUCACAUCAGCUCUGGACCUGGAUGGAGACAACAACAUCUCUACAUUAGACACUAAACUGGACAUUCUCACUGAUUGCUACGGCACCAUCAGUCUAACAUUAGAGCAGUUUAUAGUCCUCCUCAAGUCCUGCCCAGAAAAAGCUUUGAGCCAAGAAUAUGAGCCUCAAUUCGACGUGGUCUUAUCAAACUCUCCGAUCGUUCGAUGCUAUCAAAACAGCGACGAAUGGCGUACCCUUUAUGACAAAGUAAAAUCGAUCGCUGCCAUCACGAAUAAACAAAAGACUGCUCUGAGCAAACUUCGCAACACCAUGCCUAAGGUAAUCGGCAAGCGGUUUGACCUGCCGCCUGCCUCGCAGAAUCAUAUUGACGUGACAACUGAAGCGAAGAAUAAUCUAGAAACCAUAAAGAAUGAAGUGACAAGUCUGUUAGAAGAAUACAGCUUCAAAUUCAAAACGUCGACUGAAAUAGCGCCUCAACAUCCCGUACUGAAAAGUAUAAGCGGCCUCUCACAGUAUCUAAACAAAACUUUCGAAGACUUGACAGAACUUGAUCUCCUAAUCGAUGACUCCAUGGAGGAUACCAUGGAAAAACAGUCCCUAUUGGUGCAACAAACAGAAGACGUUGUCGCCACAAUGCUACUGAUCAUCCAGUCCAUUUACAAGAAACAUUUGCCAGAAAACAAAACAACUGACAGCGAUGUUUUGGACGCGAUAGAUGAAAUAAUUGAUGAUCAACAGGAGAAAGACACUUCGGACUCGGAAUCUAGAGAAAUACUCGAAGAUAAUCACUUGAAGGAGCAUUUGCAAGAGAAAUUGACGAGUGAUUCGCGUAUGCUUCAAUUGGAUUCUUUGAAUACGAAGCUUCACAGUUUACUAUCAAACUAUGCUCAGUACAUAGCUGUGUCGUCAAAUGUUGGCGAUGUCAAGAAUGUGGUGUCGAGGGUGGUGCCAAUAUUGGAGCAAACCGUUCUGUUUGUUCAGUACUUUGUAACACAGAAGGUGUCUGUGCACCGAGUGUCUUGCAAGAUGCUGUCGGUGCUAUUGAAGAUCUUCACGGACUUGACUACUAAAGGAUUCUGCAAGCCAUCCGACCUGGACAUGGAAGAGGGCGACGGCGACGGCGGCCCGGGCAAGCUGUCCAGCGGCACCGGCCUGGGCGAGGGCGAGGGGCAGACCGACGUGUCCGACAAGAUCGAGAACCAGGACCAACUGGACGACGCCCGUAAGCCGGGUGAUGAGAGGAAGGAGGAAGAGAGGGACUGCAAGGAGGAGGAGAAGGGCGUCAACAUGACCGACGACUUCGACUCGCAUCUGCAGGAUGUCGAGAAGAAAGAAGGUGAUCCGGAUUCCGACCAGGAGGACGAAGACGAUGCGGACAAGCAGAUGGGUGACACUGACAAUGCUGCUGAGAAGCUCGAUCAACAAAUCUGGGGCUCAGAAGAUGAGGAAGAAAUAGACGAAGAACAGCAACAGAAAGAGAAGAAAGAUGAGAAGGGAAGCGGCGAGAGCACGGGAGAGAAAGAGAUGGCUGCUAAAGAUGAAGAGCAAGGCGCGGACGAUGGCAGCGAAGGAAAGGAAAAGAAGCAAAAGAAGGAUAUUAAUGAAAUGGAGGAACCAGAGAUGGAUGAUGAUCAGGUGGACCCGUACCACGGCAACCACCAGCCGCUCCCGGAGCCCGAGGACUUUGAGCUGCCUGAUAACAUGGACCUGGACGGAGACGGGAAUGAAAAGGAAGAUGAUAAGGAAGGUGAAACAGAGACAGAUAACCCGUUCGAGAUCGACGUGCCGAAGAUUCCAGAAGAGCCUGAGGAAGAGCCGGGCAAGGAGAGGAACAACGAGGGCUUGGACGUGUCUGAUGAUGAUGAUGACCAGGCUGGUGACGAUGCAGGGGACAAGGAUGGGGGACAGGAAAACGACGAUGAAAAUCCAAAAGAAGGCGAAGACGAGAAACAAGAAGACAACAAACCCGACGAAACGGGAGACCAACAGGACGAAACAGAAGAAACCAACCCAGAGGGAACUCCGGAAACAGCAGACGAGCCAGAAGUCCCCGAAGAAACCGAAAAGAAGGAUGAAGAAGUACCAAGAAACCCCGAGAACGUGAACGAAGAAGAUGAAGUGGAACAGAAGAACCAGGAAGCCAACCCUCAAGCGAACCCCUCGAAUGAUGACCAGGCUACUGGUGAGAAAGCUGAAAACGCACAGAUGGAGAAAGGAACUGAUGAUAAUGUUGAGACGAAUGCUGAUCAAUCGAAGGACGAGGAUGCUGCUCCAUUUGAACAAGCCCAAGAGCAAGUCGGCGACGAGCGGCAGGCGACCGGCCGCUCGGAACUGGACAAGAGCGACCGCGGGCACCAGGGACAAAGACAGGCGGCCCCGCGCGCCGGCGCCGAGCGGGACCAGGCGCGCCGGGAGAACCAGCCCGGGCGCACUGACCAGGAGAGGACACUCGGCGAAGUGUCGGAGCGUCACAAGAAGACCCACACGCUGAACGUGGACGACGACGACGCUCCCGAGGAGGAAGGCGGCGAGCAGGAUGAGCAGGACCCUGGGGCUGAUGCCUACCAGCACAUUAAGCAGGGGCACAAGGAUGAUCUGCAGGUAGUGGACGCGGCCACAAAAGAACAAGCGGAUCAGCAGCCAACCCUUCAGCAGGAAGAAGAAGAAGCGGACAAGCUGAAGGAAGACGAAGAGGUGCCCAUGGACGUGGACGAAGAUAUGCACGUGGAAAAACCCGACAAAGAGCUCACCUCAGAAAAGAACACAAACAGCUCCGAGAAAGAGAAAGACGACGAGAGAGCGGGACAGAAGAAGGAGGGCGGCGAGGAGGCGACGGGGGACGCGGGGGUGGAGGUGGAGGGGGAGGCGGUCACGACAGCGACCGUGCCGAGAGGGAAUGAGUCUAGUUAUCAUACGAGACUGCCAGACUCCACCACCGACGCUCCCGUUGACACUCUCCCAGUAGACCAAUACCUGCACUACUCGGGCUGGCUACAACGGGCCCCUACUACCACCGCGCCCAGCGCUCUGUGGCGCGGCGCGUGGGCGCACACGCAGGCGCAGGCGCGCGCGCUGACUGAGCGACUGAGGUUACUGUUGGAGCCCACGCAGAGGACGAGACGAGCUGGUGACUUCCGCACGGGCCGCGCCAUCAACAUGCGGCGCGUGAUCCCCUACAUCGCCUCGCACUUCCGCAAGGACCGGAUCUGGCUCAGAAGAACGAAGCCAGCCAAGCGCGACUACAAGAUCGCGAUCGCCAUGGACGACUCGAGCUCCAUGUCCGACAACCGGAGCAAGGAGCUCGCCUUCGAGAGCCUGGCGCUAGUGUCGCAGGCACUAAACCUACUGGAAUCGGGCGACCUAGCCGUCCUGAGCUUCGGAGAGAAGCCCAACCUCCUGCACCCGUUCACAGAACAGUUCUCUGAACACUCCGGAGCGAACAUCUUACAACACCUCACAUUCGAGCAGACCAAGACCAAGAUAGCACAACUACUCGACUUCUGCACGGUGCUGUUCGAAGAGACGAGUGUGAAAAGUGACGCUAUAAAUGCGAAGCUGCUGAUGGUGGUCAGUGAUGGGAGAGGGAUAUUCUCUGAAGGGGAGACAAGAGUCAUCCAGGCGGUGAGGAGGGCGCGACAGAUGGGCAUCUUCUUGGUCUACGUCAUCAUCGAUAAUCCGGAUAAUAAGGACUCAAUAAUGGACAUCCGGCGGCCGCUCUUCGACCCGGUGACGAACAGCCUGUCGGGCUUCGUGCCGUACCUGGACACGUUUCCGUUUCCGUUCUACCUGGUGCUGCGCGACAUGGCGGCGCUGCCGGCCGUGUUGGGCUAUGCGCUGAGGCAGUGGUUCGAGCUGGCCGCCAAUACUGCCAGUUAGGGACGAUGUUGGAGCCAAUGGUUGGUGAUUUGAUGUGGUUAAAAUUAAAGGUGGGUAUAGAUUACAACAUUUUGUCGAGCAUUUCUGUGUAAUGUAACUUUUUACGAAUGGGACAGUACAGGCAAAAGCAUGAUUAAAAGUUCGUAAAAGAAUGAUACACUAGAACAUAUCAGAGAGCGGCUCGUAGUUCUAUUACAAGAAAAUGUUGUCGUCUAUACUCACCUUAAGGACAUAAGUAUGUGAAUUGGUAUACCAGAUUCUGAUAUUUACUACGCUGGCCUGACUGCCAGUUAGGAGCAAUGUUGGAACCAAUAGUUAGUGUUUGAUAAGGUUAAGGACAUAAGUGAAUUGGAUAUACAGGUUUAUAUACUUUUUUACUUCGGUAGCUCAGCGACCCGAAAUGAGAGAUAAAAUUCAGUGAAUAUAA